CCCGCAGGGGCGAGCAGAAGGGAAACUCGCGCAGGCGGCGGCGGCGGUAGCGGCAGCCCGAGCCCGGAUCGCCAAGCGGCGAAGCGGCGGCCCCGGAAAGAUGCUGAGCCCCCUCCAGAAAUGUGGCUCCGAAGGCUGCCUCCUGGACUGUGACUUCCUGCCCUGGCACCGCAGCAACCUCCGGAAACGCCAGCAGAGCUGCGAGGAGUCACGGCCUAUCCAUGACCACAAGGAGCAGAACCCGGAGAAGCUCUGUCCCCCAAGCAUCCACUUAGAGGUUCCGGAAGCGACCAGCUGCUCGCAGCCCCCACUACAGGACCCUGGAGGGGUGUGGCGAUGCCACAGCGAGGGGCGUUUGGACCAAAAAGGGGCACCGUGCCAGGAAGAAACAGAGGUGGUGGACAAAACAGGAAGUGGGUGGAGUUUGCCGUCCCCCAAGUCUUUGCGGAAGGAGCGCCGCCUGAGAGGGAGGGUCGCCGCCGCCAAGCAGCACUUGCGGAAUAUCUUUGGAGGCUCCAGUAAAUCUCUGGCAUCAAGUGUGGAGUCCGACUUGGGAUCAGAAUGUGACAGCAGCCAACAGACACGACAGAGGCAAAAGCACCGCCGCAAGAGGUAUAAAAGAAACUUCCUAAGGCUAUGGAGCUCAGGAAAUCAGGACAUGCACUCUCUAAGGCCAACUCCUGAGGAGGCCCAGGAAUGGGCUGAAUCUUUGGAAAAGCUGUUACUUCAUCCAUAUGGCCGUUCUGCCUUUCACUCUUUCUUGGAGUCAGAAUUCAGUGAAGAGAACCUGGACUUUUGGGUGGCUUGUGAAGAUUAUCGGAAACUCCAAGGCUGUGACAAACUCCAGGAUAAUGCCAGAAAAAUCUAUGACCAGUACAUCACCAUCCAGGCCCCCAACGAGGUGAACCUGGAUUCCCAGACCAGAGAUGUCACCAACCGGAAUAUUUUGCUUCCCACUCGCUCAUGCUUUGAACAGGCCCAGAAACGGAUCUUUGGUCUCAUGGAGAAGGACUCUUAUCCCAGGUUUCUUCGUUCCAUCGUUUACCAAUCCCUGGUACAGCCUAAUGGACGGCAGAAAAAUGGGCCUGUAUAAACCGGCCACGUUUGGCCUUCUUUGUGCAGUUGGGUCGGCCUAAGAGAAGAGAAGCCCUUCUCCGGACUAGGAUUCCCUUGCCAGACUGCUCAGGAUGUGUACAGCCAAGAAGGAGUGAGAGAGAGGGGCCGACCUGGUUCAAGGAGUCUAAUGACCAGUGUUGGCAAGACAACGGACUUGUCUCACAACCACACACGCCUGCGUGCACACACAAGUUUUGUUUUUGUGGAUAAAAAAGAUCACAGAAAGUCGGAGCUUUGUCCGUUUGGCAUGGCCACAUUUUUGUGGACUGGUAUGAAAAAAAUGGAAUUCUGGAAUCACACUGACCAAGCUAGGCAUGUUCUGUGCAUUUAAGAUAACAGCGGAGGCUGCCUUAUCCCAGUUCAGUUCAGGCCUGGCAUCACCAUGGGUCAACCUGAGCAGUUCGCAGGGUCUUCAUGGGACUACCGUUAACAAAACUUGUUCUGGCGGCCAGCUCUGGGUGGCAUCACCACUGGGUGGGCUGUGGAGAGCACUGGUGUAGAAGGGGCCCUCUGGAGAGCACUAGACCUAAGGCUUCCCAAGUGUGAGGUUGGCCACAGGUGAGCCUACUUUUCCAUCUAGUCCAGUGUUACAUCCUCUGACUAGCAGCAUCUCUCCUGCAUUUCAAGAAGGGGUCAUUCCCAUCCCCGGAGCCUAAGGUGGCCAGGAAAGGAGCCAGGUCUUCUGCUGGCAAAGCAGAUUCUCCAGCCCUGAGAUGUGGUCCCUCAACCCCUUUCCCUCUGUUCUCUUUGGGCAGACAUGGCUUUUGGUGCUGUGGAUGGACUCCAUCCACACAUUGUGGAUCUGUCAUUCUGAGAGGGGCUGUACCAGGAAAAGUCCCCCUGCCCAAUGCAAAGCUCAGCCUUCCAUGCAUUUUCAAACCUGUGGCAGUGACGCUGUGAUGGGAACCAUGGAUCUGAGGCAUCUGUCCCCAGCUGGGUGUCUCCAGAUGUUUUAGACUGCAACUCCCAGCAGCCCUGACCAUUGGUCAUACUGGCUGGGACUAAGGAAGUUACAAUCCAAACCGUAUGGAAGGCACCAUGUUGGUGAGACCCUUCAGCUGCAUGGUGCUGCCACCUGGACUAGUGGGGCCAAGCCCCACUUCCAGGAACCAGUCAGGAAGUCUGCUGCCUCUCGACUGGGAACGAGGGCUCCAGAAAUGCCCGUCUCCAUCGAGCCAUUGGAACUCAUGCAGCCCUGCUGUCCACACAGAGAACACAUACAGCAAGUCCGCCACCCACAGUCCCUGCCUAGCCCCACGAUGAACCCAGGCCGGGUUUAUUUUUAUUUUUUUGCAAACUUGGAAGGCUCUCAAAAAUGCUGCUUGUUAUUUUCCCUCUCAAAAUAUUUACUUUACGGGAACACCAUUGCUCAGAAACUUCACUAGAGGGCGGCGUGUGUCUGGUCAUUACAUCCACAGUGGGUUGGAAGAGAUGGCUCUAAUAUCUCCGGAUGGUAGUGGGGUUGCCUGCGGCCGUAUGGAUGAUGCACUUUGAUCUUCAAACAUAGCCAUGUGAAUGGAAGCCUUGGUGGGGGGUCCAUGGUGCUUCCGAACACGUGCAGCAUCCCUCUGUCUCUGGGUUGCUGCACUCAGCCAUCAGCUCUGUGCUCAGAAGUGCAAGGAGAAACAUGGUUGGCAAUGCAAGUUGGACCUCCAUUGGGAUACAGCUUUCUGACUUGAGUUUAGAACGGGUUCUCCUGAACCUGGGAGAGAAGGUCUGUGCAGAUUUCACCUGUGUGCUGGGACCCGGUCACCGAGAAGCACCUUUAAGCAGUCAGCUGCUGCUAGUUAUGCAAUACUGGGUGUUCUUUGUAAAGAUUUCCAGGUCUAAGUAGCUUACUGGUUUCAGAGCUGAGGUGGUAGAGGAGAGAAGCUGUAGACGCCAAAGGAUAUGAGACCUGCUGCCCUCACUGUCCAUGGCCAAAGGC